UGCUUACUGGGUUCCCACGCAGGAGAAGAGGAAGAUGCCGGUGACGGUGUGGUCAAUUUCCAGUGUUACAAAAGGUUUAGAGUGAAAUUUGGCUGUGGAAGUGUGGAUUUGACUGGUAAAUCAUCAUUUGGGGAGGAUGGCUGCAACUACGCCCACCUCGGCCCCGCCUCCCAAAAAGAGCAGAGGAAAACAGGAAAUAGAAACUCUACAGACAACCAAUGAAGAGCUGAGGAGCCGAUUGAGUGACUUGCAAAAUGAACAGCAACAGGAAAGAGGCAAGGUGGGUAAAUUACGGGAACGUUUGCAAGAGUUACGGGCCCAACGAGAGACUGAGCAGCACAAGCACUCGGUCGCUCUCACUGAACUCCGCGUCAAGCUCCAUGAGGAGAAGCAGCGAGAGGUGGCGGCCACACGAGAGAGCCUGUCUCGGCAACACGAGACCGAGCUGGCCCGGGUGGCACGUCUCCGCGAGACAGAACUGGCCCGGCUUCAGGCGCUGGUGUGUAUUUUACGGGACGGAGCCAGCAGCGAGCUACGUAGUGCCCUGAAGGAGGAGGCACGAGAGGAGGCCCGCAGGAGCUACGAGGCAGAGAAACUCAGGCUCACGCAGGAGCUGCAGGAGGCGAAGACGUCACGGCGGCAGGCAGAGGAGGCGCUGUCCAAUGCUGUGCAGGCCGACAGAGCCAAAGCUGCCGAUCUCAGAGUGGCCCAUCAAGCUCAUCAGGAGGAGAUCCAGAGAAUCAAACGCGAGAGCGAGAGGGAAAUCCGGAGACUGAUGGAUGAGUUGAAGAGCAGAGAUCGUGUGGUGCAGUCACUGGAAAAAGAGCUGGGAGUGCAGGCGGGACAGAUACAGCGUCUACUGCUGCAGAAGGAGGAAUCAGAGCGGCAUUAUGGGAGUCCGAAGAGAGAGGUGGCGCCGUCUCUCGGGGAAAACUCAGACUCUGUCAAUAACCAGGACGUGGAUGAGAGGGAUGUAAGGAGAUUUCAACUGAAGAUUGCUGAGCUGCAGGCAGUCAUCAGGAAACUAGAGGAUAGGAACACCCUGCUUUCAGAUGAGAGAAACGAACUGCUGAAACGAGUGCGAGAAACAGAUGCAGAGAUAAAGCCUCUCAUGGAAAGGAAUAAACGGCUGAAUAAAAAGAAUGAAGAGCUGCAGCAGACUCUACAGCGCAUGGAGGACAAACUGAAGACACUCAGCAGAGAGAACGCAGAACAGAAAGAGAAAUCUCAGCAGAACUUGCAGCCGGGUGGGCUGAAGAGACACACCUCUCUAACGGACCUGAGUCACGCCCACGAGCAACAGGAAGUCGAGUAUCUGCGCUUGCAAAUCAGCGAGCAGCGUGGUGUUAUUGAUGAGCUCACGCAGGAACGGGACAGGCUGAUAAUCAACAAAAAGAACAGGCGAAAAAACAUCAAGUUGCCCAGGAGGCAUGUUGUGGAGACAUAUUUUGGAUUUGACGAAGAAUCUGUCGAUUCUGAAACGUCAUCUCUGACAUCAUAUAACACCGACCGCACAGAUCACACCCCUACCACCCCUGAAGAGGAUCUUGAAGAUGGCUUUUCCCGAGAGGAGGCAGAGUUUCGAUUUCGGCAGCUGACGCGAGAGUACCAGGCACUGCAGCGAGCGUACGCACUGCUGCAGGAGACUACGGGGCCUCUGGACCCUGAGAGACACUGCAGGACACGGGAGCAGCUGCAGACGGAGCUGAUUGGCUGUCAGGCACGGAUUGCCGACCUGGAACGGAGCUUGGCAGAGAAGGGGCAGGACUCAAAAUGGGUGGAGGAAAAGCAAAAUCUUCUCAGGGUGAACCAGGAACUCAGAGAAAAGAUAGUAUCGCUGGAGCAGUGUGAAAUGCGAUUACGCUCGGAAGUUCAAGACACCGUGGAUCAGAAUGAGCUGCUUGAAUUCCGCAUUCUAGAACUGGAAGAGAGGGAACGUCGUUCUCCUGCCUUUAACCUGCAAAUCUCUGCCUCUGAAAACAACAGUAUCCUACAGCUACACUGCCAGCAAGAGGGUGUCAAGGAUGUCAUCAUUCCUGACCUCAUGAAAAAGCUUGACAUUCUAAUUAACUUUUCCCACGACAUUCUAAUUUAUUGA